GUGGUCCCUUCACCCGGGCUCCGCUCUUGCCUUCUCCACACUUGUUUGAGGGAAGUCUGGCCCCGAGUGCUGGUAGACUGUGGAAUUCGGCUGUGUCCUGAGGCCACCCCAGAGACCCCGCGCCGCAUGAGUGCCUGAGCGCUCGGUGGACGCCGCGCCGCGCGCCUGGAGGGAUGCUAACGUGGAGCCGGCGCCGAGUCCGCCCGGCGUGCGUGCGUGUGUGGGAGCGCGCGAGUCCCCUGACGCGGGGACCAGUUAUGAAUCGGGGGUGUGUGUUUGCCUCCAGAGACCUGGCAAGGUGCGGAGUCCUCCAGAAGUGCGGUCAAGCGGCAGCGGAGACGGCGAGCCAGGAACCUCCCCCCGCGUCCCCAGCUUCCCAGCGUGGCGGCGGAACCCCCGGAGAAAGUUUGCAAACUUCCAGCGGGCGCGGCGAGGACGCCGGGUCACCUAGGGAGCGGGUGGGCGCGCGCGCAGGGGGCUCGCUCUCCCCGGUGCGGAGCUGCCGCUGCCACUUCUCCCGUGGGGCUGCUGGCUGCAGUGGGUGGGCGCGCGCCCAGGGAGGGGAGGUCGCCCUUGGAGGGCGCUUGGCUUUCGCUCCAGGCGUUCCGGGCUGGAGAGCAGCGAGGCUCCCUCCGCUCCCGUCCACUCCUCCGGCCGCCUCCUGCCUCCGCUGCUUUCUCGCUGGCAUCGUUACCUCUUCCCGGCCGCUGCCCCAAAUGACAGCUCCGGCUCGAGCCUUGGCGGCGCCCAGGCAAUUCCCAGGACCAGGCGGCGGAGUCUCCCCCUGCGGCAAAUUCUCGGCAGAACCACUUGAACUUUUCAUGAAGUUCUUAGAGGGGCAAGAUGCGGAGGAAGGAACCAAGGAGAUGUUUUCCCUCAGCAACUGCAUCCACUUCUUUGCCAUAGAUUUGUUUUUAAGGGACGUCUAGUAGAUAAAGCCCUAGACCUUGUCCACACUCUCAUCCCCGUCCCCAACUUUCCCUGGACCGGUGCCGCCCCCACUUGAUGCUUGUUCAAGGCCGGGGUCUGGAGCCGGCUACUUGUAUAUUUCGUUGUCAGUCUGCAGAAUGUGUUUGAUUUUUAUUUUUCCCUCCUUCUCUGACAUGUGUCAAGGAAUAAAGGCUGGAUACAGGUCCAUUA